CUCUUGCUGUGGAUCCCUGAGGAAGAGGAUAGAGGACGACUAAAUAGCUUUGCACAGAAGAGCCUUUAAGUGUUCCUUGGCCUCCCCAAGGUCAUUCUGAAGCCUGUGUAUUAAAAGGGAUCCGUUCUGAAAUCGUGCGUUAUUCAAAGGAUCUCUGAGAACUAAGUCGUAUUCAGCCUGGGGGCAUCUUUAUUGACCACCCCCCAAACCUACAAGUGUGUGGUGGUAAUCAUUAGUUCCAGGGCGUUCUGCAAUGUUGACGCAAGCUGCUGUAAGGCUUGUUAGGGGGUCCAUGCGCCAAGCCUCCUGGGCACAGUGGGUUCAGAGGGAACUUCGACUGGGUCAACUUGCUCCUUUCACAACGCUUCACAAGGACAAGCCACUUUCUGAUAAAAGAAGUGAACUAAAAAGACGCCUGAAAGCUGAGAAGAAAGUGGCAGAGAAAGAGGCCAAGCAAAAGGAGCUCAGUGAGAAGCAGCUGAACCAGGCUACUGCUGCUGCCACAAACCACACCACCAACAAUGGUGUGGGUGCCGAGGAAGAGACCCUCGACCCAAACCAAUAUUAUAAGAUCCGGAGUCAAGCAGUUCACCAGCUGAAGAUCAGUGGGGAGGACCCAUACCCACACAAGUUCCAUGUGGACAUCUCACUCACUCACUUCAUCCAACAAUACUCUCACCUGCAGCCUGGAGACCAUCUGACUGACAUCACCUUAAAAGUGGCAGGUAGGAUCCAUGCCAAGAGAGCUUCUGGGGGAAAGCUCAUCUUCUAUGACCUUCGAGGAGAGGGGGUCAAGUUACAAGUCAUGGCCAAUUCCAGGAAUUAUAAAUCAGAGGAAGAAUUUGUUCAGAUCAAUAACAAACUGCGCAGGGGGGACAUAAUUGGAGUUCAGGGGAAUCCUGGGAAAACCAAGAAGGGUGAGCUGAGCAUCAUUCCCCAUGAGAUCACACUGUUGUCUCCCUGCUUACAUAUGUUACCUCAUCUUCACUUUGGCCUCAAAGACAAGGAAACAAGGUAUCGCCAGAGAUACUUGGACUUGAUACUGAAUGACUUUGUAAGACAGAAAUUUAUCAUCCGCUCUAAGAUCAUCACAUAUAUAAGAAGUUUCUUGGAUGAGCUGGGAUUCCUAGAGAUUGAAACUCCCAUGAUGAACAUCAUCCCAGGGGGUGCUGUAGCCAAGCCUUUUAUCACUUACCACAAUGAGCUGGAUAUGAACUUAUAUAUGAGAAUUGCUCCAGAACUCUACCACAAGAUGCUGGUUGUUGGUGGCAUUGACCGAGUUUAUGAAAUUGGUCGCCAAUUCCGGAAUGAAGGCAUUGAUUUGACUCACAACCCUGAGUUCACCACCUGUGAGUUCUACAUGGCCUAUGCAGACUAUCACGAUCUCAUGGAAAUCACAGAGAAGAUGCUGUCAGGGAUGGUGAAAAGCAUCACAGGGAGUUACAAGCUCACCUACCACCCCGAGGGCCCAGAGGGCGAGGCCUUUGAGAUUGACUUUACUCCUCCCUUCCGGAGAAUCAGCAUGGUAGAAGAGCUUGAGAAAGCCCUGGGUGUGAAGCUGCCAGAAACUAGCCUCUUUGAAACUGAAGAAACUCGUAAAAUUCUUGAUGAUAUCUGUGUAGCAAAAGCUGUUGAAUGCCCUGCCCCUCGUACCACAGCCCGACUCCUUGAUAAGCUCGUUGGGGAGUUCCUUGAAGUAACAUGUAUCAAUCCUACAUUCAUCUGUGAUCACCCACAGAUAAUGAGCCCUUUGGCCAAAUGGCACCGCUCCAAAAAGGGUCUAACUGAGCGCUUUGAGCUAUUUGUCAUGAAGAAAGAAGUAUGCAAUGCCUACACUGAGCUGAAUGACCCCAUGCGGCAGAGGCAGCUCUUUGAAGAACAGGCCAAGGCCAAGGCCGCUGGUGACGACGAGGCCAUGUUCAUAGAUGAAAACUUCUGUACAGCCCUGGAGUAUGGGCUGCCUCCCACAGCUGGCUGGGGCAUGGGCAUCGAUCGCAUUACCAUGUUUCUCACAGAUUCUAACAACAUCAAGGAAGUACUUCUAUUUCCUGCCAUGAAACCUGAAGAUAAGAAGGAGACUGUGGAAGGUACAACAGUUGGCACUUCUGUAUAGAAUAGUGCAAGUCUUAAAACUGACAUCUUUGCAUUUCUGCAGAAGACUGUGUCUGAGGAAAUUCUUGUGUUGCCAUCCAUUUGACCACCAUGGUUCAGUCAGCUACCAGAAAAGAGAAAAGGAACUGAAAACUUCUUUUUAAUCCUUGUUACCAAAUAAACCAUUUGUCUCUUAA